GCGCAUAUACACCAUGAGUAUAGCUGAUUCUACUGUAAAAGAAUACCACCGAAAAAAACUCUUUAAAUAAUCGCCUCACUCUCUCUCUCUCUCUCUAAUCAGAAUAUGACCGACUUGGACUCCUACCCUCCAGCCCUGCGCCACCACUUAAUCAGCCACCACCCAUCCUCCGACGACGACCGCCGCCGCCGCGAGGAACCAGACUUGGACGGGAUCACCACCGGUUCGCAUGCCGUGCCGGUGAUAGAUCUCGAAUGCUUAUUGAACGAAGAUGACGAGAUGAUGAAGAAGCUGGACGAGGCUUGCAAGGAUUGGGGGAUAUUCCGGUUAGCCAAUCACGGAGUUCCGUUAACCCUGAUAUCCCAACUUCACGACGUUGCCAAACAGCUAUUUUGCAUGCCCUUUGAAUCCAAACACGCCUCCUUUGGUGAUGGUAGUGGUGGCCCAGUUGUUUACUUCUGGGGUACCCCUGCCCUAACCGCGGCCGGGAGAGGCGUAUCUGGAGAUCCAAACAAGAUCAAUUUCUUUGAAGGAUUCAAUGUUCCACUGGCACCACUUCAUGAGUUUCAGCCUCAGCUUCCUCUGCUUGAGUGUUUCAGAGCUGUGCUGUUCGAGUAUGGAAAGCACCUUUCAAGAAUAGUGAGAUCUUUAUUUGAAGCAAUGGCGAAGAAGCUGGAUCUGAGUAUAGAGAAGUCGAUGAUGAGCUCGUACGUGGCAGACAAGAAGACAGGGUUCAUGCGAGUUUAUCGUUAUCCUCGAAACCCUAAUUCAGACAACAACGUUGGUUCUUGGGGCAUGGAGCCUCACACAGAUAGCUCUGUGCUGUCCAUUCUGAACCUCCAUGCUCAAGAUUCUGGACUCGAGGUCCUCAGAGAUCAUCAAUGGCUUCCUGUUCAGUCCAUUCCCAAUACUCUCACUGUCAACAUUGGCGACAUGAUGCAGAAACAGGCGAUAAGUGAUGAUAGAUACAAAAGCGCGUUGCACAGAGUGAAGAUAAACCAAGAGAAAGAGAGAAUCUCAGUGUGUUACUUCGUGUUCCCAGACGACGACCUUGUCAUCCAGAGUUCCAACUACAAGCCCUUCACGUACAGUCAUUUCAGAUCACAAGUCCAACACGACAUCAAAACCAUUGGUCAUAAAGUUGGACUCUCAAGGUUCGCUCAUCAAACUAGCUAAUGGCCAUCAUCAUUAAUGAGUGAUCUUCACAGACAAAAUAGUAUGUAUUUGAGAAAUGAAAUUAAAUAAUAUUGUACUUCCUCCGUCUCAAAUUAUAAGACCUUU